GUGUGUGUGUGUGUGUGUGUGUGUGUGUGUGCUUGUCUGCAGGCAUGCGCCAGCCCUCCCAGCUCGAAGGGUACCUGGGGACCUGUGUUCUCCGAGAGAGCCCACGGGCCAACGUGCUAGCGGAGAUGGACGGUCUGUCAGACCUCUCCCCGCCGGGAUCCAACCACAGCGGCGGGCACAACCACAACCACCACCACAACCACCUGGGCUUCACCCAGCAGCAGCAGCCCAUCCCGGGCAGCACCGCCGAGCAGACGCCCUCGUCUCCGGUGCCCCCGCUGGCCCACGGGCCCUCGCCCCACAGCGGUGGCGGCGGUGGCGGUGUAGGUGGCGGCGGCGGCGGCGGCGGCGGAGGUGGUGGCUGCGGGCAGCCCGGCGGUCGCCAGCAGCAGCCCCCUCCCCAGAUCCCCCCCGGCCUCCACCACCCGGGGCUGGUGUCCACUCCCAUCAGCCCCCAGCUGGUGAACCAGCAGCUGGUGAUGGCCCAGAUCCUCAACCAGCAGUACGCCGUGAACCGUCUCCUGGCGCAGCAGUCGCUGUCCCAGCAGUACCUCAACCACCCGCCCGUCAACCGCGCCUCGCUCAGCAAGCCCAUGGACCCCCAGCUGGGCUCCAACGCCGAGGUCUCCAUGGAGAUCUACCAGUGGGUGCGGGACGAGCUGAAGAGGGCGGGCAUCUCGCAGGCGGUCUUCGCGCGCGUGGCCUUCAACAGGACGCAGGGUCUGCUGUCUGAGAUCCUGCGUAAGGAGGAGGACCCCAAGACGGCCUCCCAGUCACUGCUGGUCAACCUGCGCGCCAUGCAGAACUUCCUGCAGCUGCCCGAGGCCGAGCGAGACCGCAUCUACCAGGACGAGCGCGAGCGCAGCCUGACCGCCGCCUCCGCCAUGGGCCCCGCCCCCCUCAUCACCACGCCGACCAGCCGCGCCGUACAGCCCCGGCGGGAGGACUGCAGCAACGUCAGACCUGAGGAUUGGAGUCCCAGAAUCCCCGUGGGCAUCUCCCCUGUGAAGCCUUCCCAGCUGCCCAGCGAGUGGAACGGCAAGACAGAGAGCUGCAUCCUGAACAUCAGCUCCAGCAUCUACGAGGAGAUCCAGCAGGAGAUGAAGAGGGCCAAGGUGUCUCAGGCCCUGUUCGCCAAGGUGGCUGCCUCCAAGAGCCAGGGCUGGCUGUGCGAGCUGCUGCGCUGGAAGGAGGAGCCGUCCCCGGAGAACCGCACGCUGUGGGAGAACCUGUCCAUGAUCCGCCGCUUCCUCAGCCUGGCGCAGGGGGAGCGCGACGCCAUCUACGAGCAGGAGAGCACUGCCGGCCAGCAGCAGCAGCAGCAGCAGCACCACGCCGAGAGACCCCCGCACAUGAUCCACGUGUCCACCGACCCCCUGCAGACCGCUACUCUGAUGUUCAUGUCCACAGACCCGCAUCAGACCCAGCCGCCCCAGUCCCAGCAGAACCACCAGAACCAUCAGUCCUCCCUCUCCCUCCAGCAUCCCUCCCAGCCCCUGCUGUCCCAGCAGCCCUUGCAGCAGCACCACCACCAACACCACCACCAUCCCCACCACCACCACCACCAGCAGCAGCAGCAUCAGCAGCCGCUGCAGCAGCAGCAGCUGCACCAACCGGCCGCUGCCGGGCCCCGCCUGCCCCCCCGCCACCCCUCCACCGCUUCCCCCGCCGAGACGGGCGAGGAGGGCGGCGGCGGCGGGGUGGAGGCGGGCCACCGCGCCGGCGCCAUCAAGCUGCGCACGGGGGGCAAGAUCUCCCUGGAGGCGCUGGGCAUCCUGCAGAGCUUCAUCCAGGACGUGGGGCUCUACCCCGACGAGGAGGCCAUCCACACGCUGUCGGCCCAGCUGGACCUGCCCAAGCUCACCAUCAUCAAGUUCUUCCAGAACCAGCGCUUCUACGUCAACCACCCGGCCAAGACGCCCAAGGAGCCCAACAACAACAACAACAACAACAACAACAAUGGCGGCGGCGGCGGCGGCAACGCCAUCGCCGGGGGCAACGCCAGCAGCAGCGGGGGCAGCAGCCGCAGCAGCGGGAGCAGCCCGGCGCUGGAGGAGGAUCUGUCGGACUUCCGGGAGGCGGGAGGAGCCCUGCUGAAGGAGAUGGAGGAGGAUGGCACGCAGACCGGCAACACCAUCUUCUCCAUCAAGAUGGAGGAGCAGCUGGGCCGCGCAGCCGACGUCCCGGCCGAGUCAGGACACCCGGAGGUCAAGGAGUAGCGGGGUGCCGGUUGGGGGGGGGGGGGGGGGGGAUGCCGGGACUAUGGACUGGGCACGAGCGCCCCGCGGACUGGUUCUGUAGGAAGGUGAAUGCUUUGGCUGGCGUUCCUCACACUCACACACACACACACACACUCAUAAACACACACACACACAUGCGCACACACUGCGAUGGUCGAGUUUUAUUAAAUACAGCUUGUGGACUUGAGAUGAGAUUGUACACCUGACAGGCGACAUGUUACACAGACACACACACACACACACAUGCACACACAUGCACACACACACACACACACACACACGCACACACACACGCACGCACGCGCACACACACACACACACACACACACACACACACACACACACACACACACACACACACACACACACACCCAUUCCAGACUCAGUAAUACGCCGAGUAUUGCUUUUUGGAUUUUGUAAACUUGUAUUAUUCACUGUAUAGACUGAUGCAUCAUUUAAGUAAUCUGCACAAAAAAUUAUUCCAAGUAUGUUGCCGUGGAUAUUUGCUGACUGCACUUGAUGUCUGUUUAAUUUUACACUGAAUUCAUUAGUUUUAUUUUUUUUGUUUUUUUUUUGGAACUACUGAUUAUAUUUAGUAAUAAUAAUGAAAAAAAGAAUCCCCUGGAGUUUGCUAGAACUUUGAUAGGUGUUUUACGUAAGUGAUGUUCAAGUGUUUUUUUAAACUAGCGUUUCAAUCAUGGACCAAGUGGUUGACAAUGCCUUAAUCACAAGGUGCAGCGUCGAAAACCUGCUGGCAAAUUAGCGAAUUGAAAAAGAUAAACAACUAAAAAGUGAUUGAACUUUAAACCCUCAGGCAAACCUGGCCAGGUGAGUCCUGAGAGCAGCUCAGUCGCAGAACAAUAUUAUUUGUUAGGGAAGAAAUAUAAAUAUAUAUAUAGACAUAUAUUGUAACUGUAAAAAAAAAUACAGUUUUAAAGAAACUAUGCCAACUAAUGCCUUGUAGUAUAUGGCACUGCCGAUGUUCGGAUUAUUUUGCGAAAAACCUUUGUCACUGUAACUUUCUGCAUCGCCAGUUAGAAAUGUGAAAUAAAAAAAAGUUUUUUGUUCACCUUCAUUAUUUAUUUAACGUUCAUGCAGUGUUGCUGAUGUAAUUACUUUUUUUUCAGACUUGUUACGUUACACAACGCUUUUUAAAGAUGUUUUAAUUUCACCAAUAUUUUCUUUUCUAUUUAUAAGUGUGAUUUUUAAAUGGGCAGUAAAAACAAAGUGUCUUAACGUUUUAAGUGGAGAAAAUGUGCUUUAAAGGUUGCCUAUGAAAACAGUGCUGUAUGUCGAGCAACUCAUGCUACACGCUUCACAAUUAAUGUUGUAUGCAAUUUUUACUAUCAUGCAAAUAAGCUUAGGUAAGCGACUAACCUAUAGGACACCAUAGAGAGAAAAAAACAUAUGCAAUCUGUGUGAAAAAUCGAUGUCUGCGAUGUGUCUUCCUUUUUGGUUAACAAUCUGAUUUAAAAUCUAUUCCUGUAUAAAUAUUCUGUAUAAAAUGUGUUUUCUUUUUUUCUUUUCUUUUUUAUGAGUUUAAGAACACCAGUUAUUUUGUUACGACAGUUUUUUAAGUGUUCCCGGACUCAUUUAUGCAGGAGCACUCAAACUACGAGUGGUGAUUUGAUUGUUAAUUACACAAUUUAAAAAUGUUUGUAUUGUACCACAGAAAAUCUUUGGCAUUAACUGAACCAUAGUCUUUCAGACAGGAAGCAGGCGUUCACCUUUCUGGAAGAAGAGAAAAUACAAAAUGGACGCCCCGUUGUUUUGCAAAGUAAUGCUGAGAGAGCGAGGUUCAAUCCAGUAACGGAGUCAUUGAAUUGCAAUCACUGGACACACCUGUAUUUGUAAUAACUGUAAAUACCACAUCUAAUAAAUCAUUAAUUGUUUAUUGUAAA